AAGUCGGACUCUUCUCUGACUGUUUCCUUUGAUCGUCGUCGGUUCUGCUGCGGAUUCUGUUUGUUUAACUUCAAAAUCCAAAACUCUCUUCGUCAGUCUGUCAAAGCUUCGUGUUAAAGCGAAAAAUGAACAUCUUAUUUGUUCUGUUUCUCCUCGGAGCACAAAGAGCUGCAGCUGUGACUCACACUCUGAAGUAUUUCUACACCUCCUCCUCUGGAGUCACAAAUCUUCCAGAGUUUGUGGCUGUCGGUUAUGUUGAUGAUGUUUUAAUAGUUCAUUAUGACAGUAACACCAAGAGAACAAAACCCAAACAGGACUGGAUGGAAAAAAUCACAACUGAUGAUCCUCAGUACUGGGAGACACAAACUGAGCUCAAUAAGGGAAACCAGCAGGUCGAAAAAAACAACAUUGAAACAGUAAAACGUCGCUUCAACCAAACUGGAGGUGUCCACAUUGUCCAGUGGAUGUUCGGCUGUGAAUGGGACGAUGAGACUGGACACGUUAAUGGUUAUGAGCAGUAUGGUUAUGAUGGAGAAGACUUCAUAUCACUGGACCUGAAGACGUUGACAUGGAUCGCUCCAAAUCCACAGGCUGUCUUCACCAAACACAAGUGGGACAAUAACGAAGCUUUACUGGCAGGAUAUAAACACUACUACACCCAGGAGUGUCCUGAGUGGCUGAAGAAGUACCUGAACUAUGGGAGGAGCCAACUGCUGAGAACAGACCUCCCCUCAGUGUUUCUCCUCCAGAAGUCUCCGUCCUCUCCAGUCUGCUGUCACGCUACAGGUUUCUAUCCUGAUAAAGCUGACAUAUUCUGGAGAAAAGAAGGACAGCAGCUUUUCGAGGACGUGGAUCACGGAGAGCUGCUCCCCAACCACGACGGAACCUUCCAGAUGAGUGUGGACCUGAACCUUUCAUCAGUCAAACCUGAAGACUGGGAGAAGUACGAGUGUGUGUUUCAGCUGGCUGGUGUCAAACACGACAUCAUCACCAAACUGGACAAAGACGUCAUCUGGACCAACCACGAGACGCCCAGUGACGUGCUCAUCCCAGUCAUUGUUACAGCGGUUCUUCUUGCACUUGUUCUGGCUGCAAUCGUUGGAUUCAUAGUUUACAAGAAGAAGAAAGGAGCUAAAUGUCCUCCGUCUCCUGACAGCAGCUCUGAGGCGUCACAGCACCUGAAUCCAGACGCCACGAAAACAUGAACACUGUUUUUGGAUAAAUGUCUCACUGGAAUAUGAGGAGA